AGCAAUGUCUAGUCACAUCAACAUUAACAGGCAAAUAAAAUGUUCAAACGCCUCAAGGGUAAAAUUUCAAGACGACAUGCUGGAUCCAAGGAAUCCGAGAACCCGCCGCUCCACGACACUGGCACGACUGAGCCCAGGCCUGAAAAGUUUGGUCUGUUUUUUGUUGCUGGGAAUCAGCCAGACUCAUCAAGCUCGAAACUGUACUCGGUUGAUAUCAUUGCAAUUCAUGGCCUAAACGGAGAUGCAUUCAACACAUGGUGUCAUUCAAACGGCACAUUCUGGCUCCGGGAUCUCCUUCCAAGCUUUCUGCCUGGGUGUCGAAUCUACACAUAUGGCUACCCCUCCAAGAUAUUUUCUGAAACGUCGUUUUCACGUAUGCAAGAGUACUCACGAGGUCUGUUGAGCUCCAUCAGAGAUCUUCACGAGGACUCAAGUACUGGCCGUCGCCCCAUCAUAUUUAUAUGCCAUAGCCUUGGUGGAAUUGUUUGCAAACAGGCUUUGGUGUUUGCUCAUGAGGACGACAAUUUCUAUGGAGAAGUUCUAAAGUCCGUAAUUGGCGUGGCUUUUCUGGGGACGCCACAUCGAGGUAGUGAAUCUGCCAAACUCGGCAGCACAUUGGCAACAAUCAUCAACAUCUGCACGAAGACUUCCACGGCUGGGAUGCGGCCUAGAGCAGUCAGAAAUGAUCUGUUAGACGACCUUAGCUCCAAUUCCAACACACUUCAGGACCUCUUACUGUCAGCUCGAAACCGACUGCGCAACCUCGCUGUGGUUUCAUUCUAUGAAACCGAGGCGACACCUCCUCUCUCCUCUUUGGUGGUUGGUCGCGAAUCUUCGAUCUUGGGCAUACCGAACGAGGACGUCACUCCUCUGUAUGAAAAUCACAAGACUAUCUGCCGCUUUGCAGGCGAGACCUCGAGUUACAUGAGUGUAGCUCGAGCUCUGCGAAGGGUCGCUUGCAAGUUACCAGAUGAUGGCCAGGAGCUCAAGCGAGCAAAUACUCGCUCGUCCGAUAGAAGUCUCAGUGAUGUUGAAAUCACAUGCAUGAAGCUCUUCAAUACCUUCGAUGUCGCCGAAUACAAGGGUUUGCUUCCAAAGCCAAUCCCUGGCAGUUGCCAAUGGAUACGAGACCAUCCGUUUUUUGUCUCUUGGCUUGAGAAGACUGAAAGUGCGCUACUCUGGCUGACGGGGCACCCGGGUUGUGGUAAAACCAUGCUAUCCUUCUCUCUCUCUCAGUACUUUGAGGAAGUUCGUGCGGCCAGCACACCCCAAACUGUUCUAAUCUACUUUUGCGACGACAAGGUCAGUAGGCAAAAAGAUGCGAAGGCGAUUAUCAUUAGCCUGAUCUUCCAAAUCAUCCAACGCCAUCGCUCAAUGAUACGACAUGUCCGACGAGUUUUUGAACUCCAAGGCCCGAGCAUGAUCGAGUCAUUUUCUUCACUCUGGAGCAUAUUUCUCAAGAUUGCAAAGGAUCCAAAACUCGGCUCCCUCUACAUCAUCCUUGAUGCUCUGGAUGAAUGUGAGAAUGUCACCCGUCGUCAGCUUCUUGAGUCAGUUUCCGAAAUGCUGGUCGGCUCCGCUCACUCCACAGGAAGCGGCAAUGGCGUCAAAUUCCUCGUCACAAGUCGACCGUUUCUUCGUCAGUCUUAUAUUACCGAUAAAGCGCUACAGCCGCAUAUUUCCAUCGAUGAGGGUCAAGCCGGUUACGUUGCAGACCUCCGAAGUUUCAUUCAGCGAAGAGUUGAUGAAAUAUCUCUCAAACACAACUACCCAAGCGACGUCAGAGACUUCUUGUUGCAAACAAUGUAUUCAAAGGCGGAUCAGACGUUCCUUUGGGUUCACGUGGUCCUUGCGUCAGUGGAAACGAGCCUGCUCACAGCGAUGAAAGACUUUCGAGAUAUUGUCACAAGAAUUCCUCAAGACCUCAAGGAUACAUAUAUGCGGUAUAUGUCUGAUAUUCCUUCAGACCAUCUAGAAGAUGCUUCACAUCUGCUGAAGUUGCUAUUGGCAAGCUCAAGACCUUUGCACCUGGACGAGAUCAAUACUGCUUUCACAAUACACUCUUCCCACAGCACCACGGAGGAUGUUGUGCGAGAUUCUCAAACUGCAAUAGCCCAUACUCUUCAGGGAAUAUUGGGUCCUCUGGUAAGAGUUUCAGGGUCAAAGGUGUCUCUGGUCCACCUCUCAGUCAAGGAGUUUUUCCUAGAAGGUGCCAAUUUUCACGAAGGUUUCCUUGCCAUGCGCACGAUCAAUACCGAAGGCUCCGCAUUGCGAAUAGCUCAUGCCUGCAUGCAAUAUCUGCUUCUAGAUGAUUUCAACGAUGGUUUCUUUUCGACCGAGAACUCACCUACCGAUUCUAUUUUUGGAAUAUCUGAUCUCAAUGACGAAUUACCGCUUGGCCACUUCGCCGAUGACUCCGGGGACGAAAAUGAUUACACUCUCAACGCUGAUGUGCUUUUCCGUGAACCAGAUGCGCUAAACUCGGACGUUUGUCAUCGUAUUGUUUCGAAAUAUGCUUUCUACAGCUAUGCAUCGUUGCAUUGGGCAGAGCAUUUUGCUAUUUGCGAAGAAUCCGCAUCUGAUACACUCAGAAAAUCUGCCAUGUCGCUCUUAAGUGUGAAGAACGAGAGCUGCCGCAAUUGGUUCCAGUUCUACUGCACGGAAUCCGAUACCUCAAUGGAUACCAAUUCCCUUGAUCAGGAACCAAUCGUCUUGGCAGCUCGUUUUAACUUGCACCGGACGCUGAAGGAUAUGCUAAAUAGCUACGAAUCUUCUCAGGCAAUCUUAAACCAAAGCCUCUUAUGGACAUCUCGACUAGGCCAUGGUCGCAUUGUCGUGGAAUUGCUCACGGCGGGAUCCGACCCUAACAUGCGAGGGUCUGACCGACAGACAGCUCUAACAGCAGCGGCUGAACAUGGUCAUUUAUCAUGCGUCGUCACGAUCUUAGCCGACAAACGAACUGAUAUCAACACCAGUGGGCGAAUGGGGAGGAGCGGACUCUCAUUUGCAUGCGGCAAUGGGCACGAUCGUAUUGUCACGGAAUUCCUACGUCAAGAUGGCUGCAGAUGUGACGAUGCAGACGACUCUGGGGCCACUCCUUUCUUUUGGGCCGUAGGAGGAGGCCAUUAUUCAAUCAUCUCCACCUUAGCAAAGCAUGCGAGUGUUGAUGUCAACCACCAGGAUAAAAAAGGUCGCACAGUCGUGUCUUGGGCUGCUGGAGAUGGCAUGCGUGAGGUUUUACAACGGCUGUCAAAGCUACCAGGCAUUGAUUUCAACAAGAAAGACAACAAUGGGAAGUCGCCUCUCUCAUGGGCAGCUGGCAACGGCCAUGAUAGCGUUGUUGAUUUCCUCGUUCAACACAAGAAAGUGGAUAAGGCGAGCGUCGACAAAGAUUUGCGAAAUGCUAUUUCAUGGGCCAGUGAGUUUGGACAUUUGAAUGCUCUCCGCAUCCUCUUGAAGAAUGGAUGCCCAGGGGUCGACACGGAGGACAUUGAUGGCUGGACGCCUUUGGCAUGGGCUAUUCAGAACAAUGCGCCCGGAGUCAUCCAAGCCCUUCUCUCUACUGGAUUGGUUCACCUUGAACGUCAAGACCGCGGUGGGAGAACAGCUUUAUCAUGGGCUGUUGAGUACGGACACGCAUCUGUCGUGAAGGUUCUUUUGCAAGAAGGGGCUGAUCCCGAAGCCAAAAGCAACAGGGGCACAACCCCGAUAUCGAUCGCGAGAGAGUUUGGGAGGGAUGAUAUACUAAAGGAAUUGCUUGAGAACAGCCCGGAUGAAACUGGCAUUGAGACUUAA